CAUCACGUUUCGUUCGGCUUCCAUCGGCUUCCCUUCCUCGCUCGCUGUUGUUCUACUGCUACUUCGACCGUCGACACAACACAUGUUUCAUCAUGGAAGAAGAAACGGCACCCAGCAGGGUUUCUGCGGUUGCGACGGGUUACGUACCAGUUGUGGCUAUAGUUCCAAUAUUCUUCCUGGGCGACAAGGCGAGCCUGUGCGCGUACGUUGUGCUGCUGAUGGCCCUCUGGAUGUUGCUGGAUACGUUGCCCGUCCCCGUGAUAUCCCUAGCGCUGCCCUUCCUCCUGCUUCCUGUCCUGGACGUCUCCAACGCGGCAGACCUUGCACAACACUUCUUGAUGGACAACGUUGUGAUGCUUUUGCUAGGGAUGUCCAUCCUUCUAUCUGCUUCGGAAGACACCAACCUAUGCGCCCGUGCUGCCCUCUAUGUUUUAGCCACCUUCGGAUGCCGCAUCCGGACUGUGCUCUUGGCUGUCACCAUAGCCACCUUCCUUGUUACUCAGGUCUUGAUGAACGGUGCAACGACACUGGUCAUGUGUGCCAUUGUGGAGGCGACAGUAUUUGAGCUCAAGCACGACCUCAUCUCCAGCUCGUUCGCAAAAGCUCUGCAGCAACGUCGACGAGUCAAGACUGCCGUCGACGAAGACGACAUCAUCAUGACUGCAGUUUCUGUGAAAGUCAUUUCUCCUCGCUCCACGGAAGAGAUCACUCAGUACGAAGACGACCACUUUCUGACGGUUGUGCCGACGGACAUGGAUCCGCAACAUUCAGCGAUCCUUCGAUCCAUUUCCCAGGGUACGAGUUCCGAACAGAAGGUACCUGCUCCAGACGCAAGGCGACGUGCGUCCAUACUGAAAUGUCCUCACAUGGGAAGGCUGUUGGUCUUGGAAUCAUGCCGGUUCAACCAAAUAAAGAAAGCCUUAAUGAUGAGCGUUACCUGUGGUGCCUCUGUAGGAAGUCUGGCCAACAUGCUUCAGACGUCUGCGGGCAUGUUCCUGCGAGACUUUCUUCAAAGCCGCUUCGGCUGGUGCGGGUUGGGGACAGUCGACUGGAUCGUCGUUAGCUUGCCAGUGUCCGUCGCUUCAACGGCUGUCUGCUUCGCCAUCACAUAUUAUGGAUACUUGCGAAAGUACGAUUUCGAGGAAGCGACGGACAUAGCGAACGCGAUCCAGGCGGUGCUCCGUCAGAAGAGGCACUUUCUUGGCAGACCCACAAUCAAGGAGUUCCUGCUUUUAACGUCAUUCCUCGCUGUCGUCGCAACAUGGUACGCACGCCAAUUCAGCAAAAACUGCGGUGAGGUGCAGCGUACACGGGGCCUCCACGAAGUAACCGCACUCUACAUGGUGAUCGUCAUGCUGGCAAUGAUUCCUGAAGGGUUGACGAGUACUCCAGUUAUUCUCUGGAAGCAUGUAUCGAGACGAAUUCCUUGGACGGCACUCAUAAUAGUGGGCGGGUCACUGAGUGUCACUGCAGCUACACUGGUCAGCGGCUACCUACGUCAGAUGACUCGUCACUUGUCGAGGCUAGACUUCCUCACACCGCUGCAGACGCAGAUAGUUCUAUCUCUCAUUUCGUCUGUUCUGACAGAGUUCAACAGCGACGUCGUUGUCGCGAAGAUUCUAAUUCCAGCCGUGUCCGAUUUGGCAGUGCAGUCGAGUGUGCAUCCUCUGUACUACGCGCUUCCCGUGGCCAUGGCGUCGACAACAUCCGUAGUUCUCCCAUCCGCCGCAGCGGGCAUUGCUGUCCUACAUACUGUCACCGACACCAAGACCGCGGACCUCGUGUACCCUGGACUGAUACUGAAGACGGUAACCCUGAUGACCAUCACGGCGUUAGUGAACAGCGUCGGAGACGACGUCUUCCACUGGAAGGAGAUCCCCGCAUGGGUGUACAACGUCUCCAUAACGAAUUCCUCCAAGACGCUGCUACACGCGAAAAAGAGACACUUCAGUGCAUGACGUGCUGCCUGGGCUGGGCGGUAACUGUUCCAGCCUGCUGUUUACUAAACUCGUUUAUUGCGAGAAUUGAGCAAAGGGUCCCGCAACCGAAAGAGCAGAACGUGAAGACGCUGAACCGCACGACUGCACUUUCAUUUAUAUGAAUGAAACAGAAGACGGCGUCUAAUGUAUUGAAAUUGGUUAAUACGAUAAUGGCAUUUUCAGU